GGUUUGCAGCUUGCCCAAGGCGCCAUUUUAACAAGGAUCGCCGCUGUGUGUUUUAUUGUUUACAGUUUUAAUGACCUUUUAAGGUUAACUGAUGUGUAAAAUAGUCGUAAUAAUCCCAAUGACAGCAGUUAUUAUCAUCACUAUUAUCAUAAAGUAUAGACGGUAACAAUAUACCAAAGAUGUAUCUGGCCUUUUAAACUUGACGUAAUGACGUUCCAAUUCUCUACUACGUCACGUACGUUCCACAACUCGUAUGGCCCAGCCAUCCCAGCGUGCUAAUAUUCUGACAAAUCUUUCACAUUUAACACCCAUGUUGUUAAGGUUUCCCAUCGCAGGAGGCGUCAUUUCCCUGCUUUCGCUUCGGCUGUUGUGGAAGGUGGGCUGAGUUCCAGAACCUUCUUGUUGUUGUCCCGGGACUCCAACCCGUCACCCUCUCCCGCGUCUAAGGAGCUGGCCGGCCCUGCCGGGUGCAUGCAGCAGAAUGGCUCGAGUGGGUCGAACGGCUCUGACGGCUGUGGCGCCAGGGAGCGGCAGGCUCUGUCCUUCAGCCCGCUGCCCGCCGCCACCACACGGGUGAGGCGGUUCAUUCAGGAGAGACAGAGGACGCUGCCGCUGCCCAAAGUGAUGGUUGUAUUCUCGGCCGCUGGGGACGCAGACAAACCGAGCGAUGCCAUAUCAAGCUCGGACCCUACGGAGGAGGGCGACGGUGUCCGAAAGCCGCCGGCCUCUCCCUCACCGAAGCACCCCACACCGAGCAAGCCGCUCCGCUCCUCGCUAAGCAGCCAGGAGCAGCAGGAGUUUCCAGAGGUCAUCUCCCUGAACGUCGGGGGCACGUACUUCACCACACGCCUGUCCACGCUGCGGCGAUACGAGGACACGAUGCUGGCCGCCAUGUUCAGCGGCCGCCAUUACAUCCCGCGGGAUGCUGAGGGACGCUUCUUCAUCGAUCGGGAUGGUGCAUACUUUGGGGACAUCCUGAACUUCCUGAGAGAAGGAGAGCUUCCCCGCCAGAACAGAGUCCGAGCGGUGCACAGAGAGGCUCAGUAUUACGCCAUCGGCCCGCUGCUGGACAGCCUGGAGGACAUCCAGCCUCUCACAGGGGAGAAGGUCCGACAAGCUUUCCUCGAUCUGCUGCCCUAUUACAAAGACAAUCUGGAACGUAUCGUGGAGAUCGCCAAGCUGAGGGCCAUGCAGAAGAAGGCGCGGUUUGCGAAGCUGAAGGUGUGCGUCUACAAAGAGGAGAUGCCCAUCACGCCGUACGAGCGUCCUCUUUUCAACUCCCUGCGCUUCGAGCGCUCGGACAGCGAGGCCAAGCUCUUCGAGCACCACUGCGAGGUCGACGUCUCCUUCGGGCCGUGGGAGGCGGUGGCGGACGUGUACGACCUGCUGCACUGCAUCGUCAGCGACCUGGCCGAGCGGGGCAUCGCCGCCGAGCAGCAGUGCAUCGGCGUCUGCGACAAGCACCUCAUCAACCACUACUACUGCAAGAGGCCCAUCUACGAGUUUAAGAUCACGUGGUGGUGAAGCUCCAGGGAAGCUGGUUGGACCAAAACACAAACGGAUGUUGGGUUUUUACUAGAACUUGGUUAAUACUGAAUUUUGUAUUGAAACUGACAAUAUUUUGUCUUAGAAUGUGACCCUUUAAAUCCCACCGUGAGUAUAUUUUCUGUUUCCUGAAAUAUCUUUUGUCAAAGCAAAAAACUCUUAACACUAACGUUUAGAAAUUUUAAAAGGUUUUACCACAUAUUGUCACUGCUAGGGGUGACUCUGCCUUUACCAUUAACAGCACCAUCAAAAAUAGGAAAGAUUGAGAUGUUGGGAGCUCAGACUACCAUUAUGGGGCUACAAAUGCUUUUCCAUCUGCAUCGGUUCAGCUUACAGUUGCAGCUUUUUUUCAGGAAAUGUGAAGAAAUGAUUAAGCUUUUAGGAGACAUAUAGUCUCAGCGGUGAGGUAUGCGGUCCCUUACAGAUUUCUUCUGGUUUUGAUUUUUUUCUACAUUUCAAUGUUUUAGAGGAACUUUUAAUAUUAGACAAAGAUAAUCCAAAUGAAUGCUCAAUGCAGUUUUCACAUGAUUCAUUAAUUUAGGGAUAAAAACAUAUCAAACUCACCUGCCCUAUGUAAAAAGGUUAUGGCCCUCUUCUCAGCAGAAUUAUUUGAAUUCAGCCACACUGGAGAGUAUUAAAGCAUGAACAAUCUGUUUAAGGUUGUUCAGCAUCUGAUUUAAGUCCGGCCUUUGACUUGGCCGCUCCAAAACCUUGAUUUUAUUUUAUUUUACCCGUUCAGAAGUGGACUUGCUGGUGUUCCCUGGAUUGUUGUCCUGCUGCAUAACCCAGGUGCUGUUGCGCUUGAGGUCACCAAUGGACGGCCAGACAGUCUCCUUCAGGGAUGUUCUGGUAGAGAGCAGAACUUAUGUUUUCAUCAAUUAUGGCAAGCUGUACAAGUCCUAAAGCGGUAAAGCAGCUGCAGACCAUCACACUACCUCCACCCUGUUGUAACAGAAAGUCCGUCCACAGAUUUUCCGAAACGCCUUGGGGAUCAUUAAGAUGUGUUUUGGUAAAUAUGAGACUGGCCUACAUGUUCUUUUUGGUCAGCAGUGGUUUUCACCUCAGAACUCUCUCAUGGAGGCCAUUUUUGCCCAGUCUCCUUCUUAUCGUUGAAUCUAAACUCUAAACUUCAUCGUCUGUGCACUCUUGGAAUAAUUUUUUAGGCUGGCCUCUCCUGGGAAGGUUCACCACCGCUCCAUGUUUUUCCAUCUGUGGAUAAUGUCUCUUACUGUGGUUCCCUGGACUCCAAAAGCCUUGGAAAUGGCUUUGUAACUCUAUCCAGACUGGUAGAUAGUAACUGGGGCAUGGUGUUUUACGAUUUAAGAUCAUUUUACCUACUUCAUGUUGUCAGACGGAUUCUGUGUAAGUAAUUUCUUGAUUCUACGAGUCUAAUAGUAAUUGGCCUGGCCAGGCCAGCUUUCCAAAAAUGUAAUUAAUCACAUUAAUUCAUGAUUUAAAGUGGAGAAAUUAUAUGUUCAGUAGGUGAGCUUGGAUAGCCUAAUAGAUAAAAUCAUAAUUUCAAAACUGUUUUUAGUCUUUACUCAGGUUAUGUUUGUUUCUUAUUAAAAUCGGUUUUAUCCAAAACAUUUAAGUGUGACAAAGAACUAAGAACAGAACAAAUCUGUAAGGGGGCACAUACUUUUUCACAGCACUGUAGUUCGACCUAUGUUUUAGCUGUAUGAGUUUUUGUAGGUGAUUGCCUAAACCAAAAAACUCCAACCUUUGAAGGGAGUUUUCUAUUUUCAGGUCACAAGCAGCUUGAAACAGCAUCAGCAGAAGGUUAGAAAACAGUUCCUCCACUGACUGAUCUGUUAGGUAUAAUCCCAGCUAGGUCUUUUAUGGCGCACCAAUAAUGGUUGUUCUUAUAACAAAGAGAAAUAUAUGUUAACUAAGUCUGCUAAUUUUCUAGUCCGAUAUGUUAGGACCUUUGUGGUGCAGCAGGAUUAAAAUGAAAAGGCAGGAUUUUAUCGUCUCUGAACUGAAGAAGUAACUUACCUUUCCCCUGCACAUCCCUCAUUUAGAUGUUUCCAAAUAUAGAGGACCAACGAAAGUGACAAUUUCUGAGAUAGUGGGGAGUUAGGCUUUCAUAUAUGCUGGCGAGCACCAGAAAUGUUGCUUUUACCAGGAAAAAUGUGUCUUAAACAUGACUAACAGCUGAUGGAGGAAAGCUGUUUCAGAUCUAUUCAGUUCAGCUUAAUUUCAGUUUAUAUCUAUAGCACCAACAACAAUAUCAUCUCAGGGCAGUUUACAAGUCAAGCAGGUCAAAUUCUCAUCCAGUUAUAUAGAAUCCAAUUUGAUCCAAACUCAAGUCAUAUUGAUGCAAAUCAUUCCAGUACACUCCAGUUUUACAGAAACAUUCAGGUUCAGUUAUAUACAGCCCAGUUCAAUCCAGGUUAUAAAACAACACGGUCAGAUUUAGUUGCCAGUAGGUAAAAUGUUAUCUACCUAGGCAAUUGCUGCGGUCCAUUUUGCAGCAAUCCCUCCUCCUGAGCAAGCAUGUGGCGACAGUGGGAAGGAACCUCCAGCAGAACCAAGCUCAGUAUGAACGUCCAUUUGCUGGAAUUGGAAAGAUUAGGAUGCUGACAUAGACAAAGACAGGCGUACUGGGGCAGGAGUACUUUCUGUGUAAAAGAACAGCAAAUAAAGUACACAUAUUUAAUGGCAGCAGCAGCUCUGCCAAUGACUUUAUCCAGAAAGAGACACAGCUAAACAUAAAAGCAGUUAAAGUACUUUCUAUGCAAAAAAAAACCCCCAACAAAAAACAAAGAGUAUUGGCCCCUUCCAACAGCCUAAUCCAGGAAAGUGACAGUGUCAAACAAACAAGGUCUGGGACUUCUUUUAUGGAAAAGAAAAAAAGUGUGUAAAGUUAGUGGCAGCAAUACCUAAAUCAAUGGUGGAGUCCAGGAAAGAGACACAGAUAAACAGAGAAGUUUUCAGAGUCAUUUUGCCAGAGUUUUUAUUUGGGAAACAGAAAGAAAUACAGUACAUAUAGUUAAAGGCAGAUGUAGCUUUAAUAACUGCUUCCUCUAGAAAGGUGACACAGAUAAACACUGUAGCUCUGAGAAAUAAACAGGUAAUGGGGGAAGUUGUUUUGUUAGUAACUUUGUCUGGGAUAGACACAGCUAAACACAGAAACACUGAGCAACGGUGUACUUUCUAUGGGAAGGAGAAACAAAGACAGUACAUAGUUAAUGGCAGCUGUAGCUCCAUUAAGGGGUUCACCUAGGAAAGAGACAUAGCUAAGCAUAGCAACACUGAGCCAGGAAUACUUUCUAUAGAGAGACGAAAGAAAAAACAAAGCAAAACUAAACAACAGAUUUUGUUCACUUUUAUUUAACAAUCAUCUGUUUGCCAUUUAGGAUGACCAGCAGGAAAUGUAUAGGUUGUAUUUUUCAUGCUUAUAACCCAAUAAAUACAUUUUAAAUAAUUUUUCCCAAUACCAGCUAUGCAAAUGCAGCAUAAUUGAAACUGAAACUUCUCUGUUCUGCCGGACAAGUACAAUCUUUUCUCUUUCUUCAGUAAAACAGUGCGCCGUGCAUCUUACAUACACAUCCAGUUCCUUUUAACACAACAUUUCUGUCACUUCUCUGUGUGAAGUAAUUAUUUCCUAAAUAGCAUCAGGUUUCAUUGGUUGCACCUCUGAGGUGUAGCCGUGGUAACGUAACUGAGAAACCAGCAGCCGUUUGAUUGGACUCUUAACACUCUGGGCCUGGGACUGCUGCUGAUUGUGUUAUUGUAAGUGGAUAAAAUUACCCAAUAUUAGAUUCAAGCGCCUAUUGAGGUAAUUAUCUUGUAAUAUCCCAGAUGUGCUGUUAUCUUUCCACACUCAGCCGCGUCAGAUUUAUCGGCAGCUUUGUCCUGAUCUCAUCACACCUCCACCGCCAACAUGUAAGGACACACCGUUGUAGUGAGUACAUUGAAUUAAUUGAAUAUUGUAAGUAAGGUGAAGUGAAAUGUGUAUAUUUUCCUAUAGGUUUUGUGUCAGAUUUAACUGUGACAGAGUAUAUUUUCAUUAUGCGCUCGUUGAGAGUGUGUAUGGAAAGGGUUAGCGUGUAUUUGUUUUGUCGUACACUAAAAUAAGGGCAUUCUCUGUUUUAAGGGAUUGCAUUGCAGUAGAUUUGAUACACGGCGGUAUGUUUCUGCAGUUUAGAUGGAUGGAGACUUAAUUCAGAAAAUAGCGCCACCUUCAGGGAGACUUUUUGAUCAAACGUAGCUUUUUAACCAGUCAAGUCAUCAUUUCCUCAUUGCAAGUCUUAUUGUACCUGACCUCUAAUUCUGAGCACCAUGUGAUUGUGAUAAAAAUAUUUAUGUUAAAUAAAACCAUAAAUUUUAGGGGGUUAAUUGAAUAUAAGAAGCAACAGUUUUGCAUCAGAUUUUUUUAGUUUUGAUUAAUUUGCCACAUAAUGCUGGAGCACUACAUUCUUUCCCUGAAACCAACUAAUCUUGAUGACUUCCAGUGUUUUUAAUGUUUUUAUAUCGAUGUUUGUUUUAGCUUCCAGGAAGCUCCAGAUCUCUAGUUAUCUUUCAUUUGUCUGUAUUUUAAAAAGAAACCAUCAUUUUUAUGUUGUGUUAAAAUAAAAACUGUUAAACGGCAAA